CAUUUAUUAAAUAAUUAUGUAAUAAGAUAACAGUAAAGCUUAUUUGAUAGAAGAAAGACAAUAGGGUAAACUAUUUAUUACGAGAAUUAGAUUAUUAUUAAGAACCUGCAAAAUAAUAAAUGUAAUAUCCACCUCUUCCUACCUAUACUCCUCCACCUACUUAUCCUCCUUAAGCUCAAUAAUAAUAAUUUAGUGCACCAUAAAACGUUCCUUGUAAAAAUAAUUAUUAUAUAUUUAGAUUAAACAGCUCCUCCACAACAAGGUCAACCAUAAAUCAUUGUUGUCAAUUAAGGAAAUGAUAAUCCACAUUCGGUGAUGCUAUGUAAUUAAUCCAAAUUUCCAAUUUUAAUUACUUGUCCUUAUUGCAAAAAAGAAGGAAUUACUAGAAUAGAAUUUGUAGCAGGUUCAGGAACCUGGUUAUGCUGUUACUUAUUAUUUCUAUUUUGUUACCCUCUUUGUUGUUGGAUUCCAUUUGUUUCAGAUAGCUGCAGAGAUGCUAAUCAUAUGUGUAACACUUGUGGGGCUCUUGUUGGAUCUUGUCCAUAUAAAGUAUGUGGAUGAAAAAUGAGUUGAUGC